AUGAUGGAUGAUAGAUCCAGUAAGCUCAUCUUGGUUCCUAUUUUAGCCGUCCUUUUUGUUAUGAUAGGUUAUCAGUACAUAUGUCCCGCUGGCAGCAAUUCGUGCCACUUUAAGACUGGGGAGAAAUUGAAGGGGGUAAGCCUACUUUCCACCCCCUACCAGGACACGGAUGAUUUCUACAGAGAUCAAGACCUGGAGGAUGACAGCCCUCCAAAACUGCCGUCAAAAUUCAACUUCACCGAAAGAGACCUUGACAGACACGUGGAGUUCAACAUCAGAGGGGACGACGUGAUAGUGUUUUUGCACAUCCAGAAGACCGGAGGAACCACUUUCGGGAGGCACUUGGUGAGGAAUAUUCGUUUGGAGCAGCCGUGCGACUGCAAGCCAGGACAGAAGAAAUGCACAUGUCACCGACCAGGGAAAGAGGAGUCCUGGCUCUUCUCCCGGUUCUCUACUGGCUGGAGCUGCGGACUGCAUGCAGACUGGACCGAGCUAACGAACUGUGUGCCUGUUAUUAUGGAUAAGAAGGAGGCCCAGAGAAAUAAAAGGAACUUCUACUACAUCACCAUGCUGCGUGACCCAGUCUCCCGCUACCUGAGUGAGUGGAAGCAUGUCCAGCGUGGAGCCACAUGGAAGACCGCCCUCCAUAUGUGUGAUGGACGCUCGCCCACCCAGGAUGAGCUACCCACCUGCUACAGUGGGGAUGACUGGUCUGGUGUGACCCUGACAGAGUUCAUGAACUGCCCGUCCAACCUGGCCAAUAACCGGCAGGUCCGUAUGCUGGCUGACCUGAGCCUAGUGGGCUGCUACAACCUGUCCUCUAUGAAUGAGAGCCAACGUAACCACAUCCUUUUGAGCAGCGCCAUGAGCAACUUGAAGAACAUGGCUUUCUACGGCCUGACUGAGUUUCAACGCAAGACGCAGUACCUGUUUGAGCGGACGUUCAGCCUGCGUUUCAUCUCCGCUUUCACGCAGAUCAACAGCACGCGAGCCGCCAACGUGGACCUGAGCGAGCCUGUGCGCAGACGCAUCGAGGAGCUCAACUUCUUGGACGUGCAGUUGUACGAGUAUGCGAAGGACCUGUUCCUCCAGCGUUUCCAGUUCACCCGCCAGAGGGAGCACCAGGAGGUGCGUUUGAAGAGGCGCGAGGAGAGGCGUUGGCUGAGGGAGCAAAGAGAGCAGGGCAGGCCAUGGCCGCCCAAACACACAGGGAGUGGAAAUAGAGGCGGGAAAGGGGGAGGAGGUUUCGAGAAAGGGACUGAUGGUGACUUCCCCACCACCACUGAGGACUACACAAGCCAAGUGGCUCGCUGGUGA